AUGUCGGUAGUCGGUUUCGACGUGGGCAAUGCCACCUCCAAGGUUGGUGCUGCCCGAGCUCGUGGUGUCGACGUCCUCGCAAACGAGAGCAGUCAACGUUUGACUCCAUCGCUUGUCUCCUUCGGACAAAAAGCGCGUGCUUUGGGUGAAGGGGCUGCGACUAUGCAGACCUCCAACUUCAAGAACACGAUUGGCAGUCUCAAGCGUCUGGUAGGACGUACAUUUGCUUCCCUCGAGGAAGAAGAGAAGAAAUUCAUCAAUGCUGAGCUUGUAGAUGCUAAGGGCGAAGUCGGCGUCAAGGUCAGGUUUGCAAACGAGCAACGGGUCUUUUCGGCAACACAGCUACUUGCCAUGUACCUGGGCAAGCUUCGGGACCAGGCCAGCAGAGAGAUGGGCGGAUCUCUAGUCUCGGAUGUUGUCUUGUCUGUGCCUCAAUGGUUCACUGACGUGCAAAGGCGGGCCUACUUGGACGCCGCCGAGAUUGCAUCCUUGAACCCUCUCAGACUGCUCAACGACACAACCGCAACCGCUCUUGGAUACGGAAUCACCAAGACUGAUCUGCCAGAGGCUGAUGCACCCAGGCAUGUCGUCUUCGCAGACUUCGGUCACUCUAGCUACCAGGUUGCCAUCGUCGCUUUCUCAAAGGGUCAACUGACUGUCCUUGGUCAAGCUUCGGACAGGCACUUUGGCGGACGUGACAUCGACCAUGCCCUGUUGCACCACUUUGCACAGGAAUUCAAGGGCAAGUACAAGAUUGACGUCUUGUCCAACCCCAAGGCCAUCUUCCGCCUCGCAGCCGGUUGCGAGCGUCUCAAGAAAGUCCUUUCUGCCAACGCCGUCGCUCCUCUGAACGUUGAGAGCAUUAUGGAAGACAUUGACGCUGCCUCUCAGCUGAAGCGGGAGGAAUUCGAAGAGCUCAUCGCCCCCUUGUUGCAAAAGGUGCACGUGCCUCUUGAGCAGGCUUUGGCGCAAUCAGGCCUCACCAAGGACCAGAUUGACAGCGUCGAGCUGGUCGGAGGUGGAUCUCGUGUUCCUGCCCUCAAGGACCGAGUUCAGGCCUUCUUCGGCAAGCCACUGUCUUUCACGUCCAAUCAGGACGAGGCUGUGGUUCGUGGAUGCACCCUCGCCUGUGCUUCGCUCUCUCCCAUCUUCAAAGUGCGAGAAUUCACAGUGCACGACAUUGCCUCUUACCCCAUCAAGGUCACCUGGGAGAAGGCGGCGGAUGUGCCAGACGAAGACACCGAGUUGGUCGUGUUCCAACCAAGCAAUCCAAUCCCUUCCACCAAAAUCCUCACGUUCUACCGCAAGGAACCCUUUUCCCUUUCUGCGCACUACGCCAACGCCGCUAAGUUGCCCGCGGGUAUCAACCCAUGGCUCGGCGAUUUCCAAAUCAAGAAUGUCACCCCUACCGCUGAGGGCGACCAUUCCAUCGUAAAGGUCAAGGCGAGACUGAAUCUGCACGGCAUCUUGAACGUCGAGAGCGCCUACCUUGUCGAGGAAGUUGAGAAAGAAGAGGACGUCGCGGUCGAUGGAGCUGAGGGCGAAGCUCCCAAGACCGAGAAGCGCAAGGUCAAGAAGGUGCAGCGCAAGGGAGACCUCCCUGUCAUCUCUGGUCUUGCUGGCAAAGACCCAAGCUUGCUCGCUAGUCUCAAGGAGGCGGAGAACGAAAUGUACGCCAGUGACAAGCUCGUCGUCGACACUGAGGACAGGAAGAAUGCUCUGGAGGAGUAUAUCUACGACCAGCGAAGCAAGCUGGACGAGCGCUACAAGGCUUUCGUCCAGCCUCAGGAGAAGGAGCAAUUCUUGGCUGCGCUUAGCGAGCAAGAGGAGUGGCUUUACUCCGAAGAGGGAGAGGACGCGUCAAAGUCUGCUUACGUCGAGAGAUUGGAGAAGUUGCAAAAGAUUGGCGCCCCCAUUGCGUAUCGAUACACAGAGAACGAGGAGAGGCCCAAGGCUGCCUCCGCCCUGAGAGACUCGAUCAAUCUCUACAUGUCCCAAGCCACUGGCGGCGAAGAAAAGUUCAAUCAUAUUUCGGACGCCGAUAAACAGAAGGUCAUUGACAUUUGUGCAAAUGCAGACAAGUGGUUGGGAGAUCAGCUGGCCAAGCAGUCUGAGCUGCCUAAGAACGUGGAUCCCAAGAUCACCACUGCUCAGAUGGCCAAGUGGAGAGACGACGUCAUCUACACCUCGGUGCCUGUCAUGAGCAAGGUCAAGCCGCCGACUUCCAGUGCUCCCCCUCCUCCUCCUAAGCAGGAGCAACAAGCGCCCAAGGAGGGUCAACAAGCCCCCCCUGCUGAAGGCGAAGCACCUGCCGCAGAGGGCGAAGCGCCAAAGGACGAGAUGGAUGUCGACUAG